CCUUUCUAUUUUGAUUUUUUGAUUCCAUAUCGUAUACAAUACGAUAUAUUUAAUUCCGUAUCGUAUCGCAGUGUCGUGUCCUAAGUUCGUUGGUGGCGUGGAAGUUAACGAAGUUUCAGCGAAAGGAGACAAUUUUCUACGUGGUUCUAAACAUUGCAGGUCUAUUCCGUAACACUUAUCAAUCACACAGAUUAUUUCCCUCUUAUUCUCAAGAAAUACUUCACUAUGGAUUAUGAUCCCAUCCCAACUGUUGUACCAGCCGAGCCGUUGGAUGUUGAGGCCGACACGGUGGCAUUGCGUACCGCAAUGAAAGGUUUCGGUACCGAUGAACAGGCCAUCAUUGAUAUUCUAACUGCCCGCUCAAACGCCCAGCGCCAAAUGAUAAAAGAGAAUUUCUUGCGUGAAUACGGACGAGAUUUGAUUGAAGAUUUGAAAAGCGAAUUGGGUGGUAAAUUCGAAGAUGUUAUCAUUGCCCUGAUGAUGACACCUGUACAGUAUUUGUGCAAACAAUUGCAUAAAGCCAUGGCAGGAAUGGGUACCAAUGAAAGUACUUUAGUGGAAAUACUUUGCACUAAAUCGAAUGAGGAAAUGGCAGAAAUUGUAAAGUGCUACGAAGAGAUGUACGAUCGUCCAUUGGCCGAGCAUAUGUGCAGUGAAACAUCGGGUCACUUUCGUAGAUUGCUAACAUUGAUUGUGACGGGUGUCAGAGAUCCAGUGGGUACUGUAGAUCCGGAUAAAGCACGGGAACAAGCUGAGCAACUUUAUAAUGCUGGUGAAGCUAAAUUGGGUACCGAUGAAGAGGUGUUCAAUCGUAUUCUGGCUCAUGGUAGCUUUGCUCAAUUGCGUUUGGUAUUUGAAGAAUAUAAACAAUUGUCGGGCGAGACUAUUGAACAAGCCAUUAAACAUGAAAUGAGUGGAGAAUUACAUGAAGCCAUGAUGGCCAUUGUCGAAUGUGUACAAUCUCCACCCGCCUUUUUUGCCAAUCGCCUGUUCAAAGCAAUGGAUGGUCUUGGCACAGAUGAUACUACCCUAAUACGCAUUAUUGUGUCACGUUCUGAAAUUGAUUUGGGUAAUAUCAAAGAAGAAUUUGAACGUAUUUACAAUCGCACUCUGGUCAGUGCUGUAAAGUCUGAAACAUCGGGUGAUUAUAAACGUGCCCUGUGUGCUCUGAUUGGUGGUGCCUAAAGAUACUCUAAAAUUGAAACAACAACGAAUCUCUUUGGCCAAAUCCCUUUUCAUGUAGGACGGCUCAAAAUUUAAAAACAAUCUUAAUUUUUGUGUAGAGCAGCUUUAUUCAUUCAUACAAGUAUUAAAAAAUGUUGUGUUAUUUGUCGCUAUGUAAUCAUCCUAUAUAUCUCUGUGUUAUAUUUUAUGCUGUUUCAGCACAUAAUAAAUGUAGUGCCUCGUACAAAAUGCAUAUCACCAAAA